AACUCCACCGAAGUAUCUCUUAUCAGCUGCCUCGAAUCACUCUUGCGUUACCGCGCUGUCGCCUCGCACCCCAUGGCCCAGCAGCCUCAGCAGGUCAGGCUGCGCCUCCAGAAAGGAGACACGAUCGGCGAACAAAUUACCGUAGCGGCUCUCGCGGCCCUCCAAGACAAACCCGGCGAGACGUGGGGCUUCGACCCCAACGCCUUCGUAUAUAAACUAGUCGCGCCGAAGAGGAAAGACCCGCCCAAGAGCUGGACAACUAAGCAAAGGAGACUUACUGUGAGCUCUGUCUACGUGGGACAGGAAAAAGUAGAUAUAUGGCCAUGUGUGUCCACGAAAGUAGUCGACGGGAAUCCCGUGCUGGAUGCCAAGAAGAUCGUGUUUGGGGAGCGCGUCCGCUACACCAAAGGGACCGGCGAGCCCUGGUUUAAGGGAGGGGAUGGAACGAUUUCUGGUGCGUACAUGCGGAAGCUUCUCGAGCGAGCCGGUCCCGACUCCGAGGGGGAGCUGGUGAAGGCGGCUCAAAAGUCCGUGAAGCCGACGCAGUACGAACCGCUGCCGGACUGUAUUGUGGUUGUGUGCGAGGUCGAUGGCCGCAAAGGCGGCACAAAAAAGCAUUACUGCUGCCGCGGAGCUCCGGACGACGCCGACAUCAGAGAAGAGGCCGCGAUUGCGGCCAUCGGCGCCGCGCUGUCCUACCGCAACGUCCCGAACAUCAAGGAGGACUCGAUCUACCUCAAGAUGUCCACUAGGAUCCAGGAGGCCACGCGGAAGGCGUUGGAGGGGAAGCCCUGGAAGGAGUAUAACCUGGCGGACUACAUCGUCGCGAACCUGCCCGGCGAGCGGACUACAAUAGACCGCAAGGGCAAGGCGCACCACUUCUCGGCAACUGCGGAGCCUCGGACGUUCAAGAGCGCCCCGUCUCGCAAAGUCGCCCAUGAGAGGGGCGUGAAGGCCAAUCCGGGCGCAGCGCGGAACGAGGAGGAUCGGCGCAAAUUUAUCGGCGACUACAACGCGGUCCGGCGGCGACGCGGGCUCCCGGCCUGGGACGCGGCCGAGGCCGCGCCGCUGACGUUUGCUGAAGCGCCGCUGGACCAGGGGCGCGGCAAGGCUAUCGAGGCUCUGGAGACGCUGGACGGCCUGAACGUAAAGGUCACGUUAUAUUUUCGCGCCCUGGGCGUCGCGAAUUUUAUUGCCGCGGCUCCUGGGGCGUGGCGCCCGCAUCAAAAAUACUUCUUGGGCGACGACGCAAGCGUCUCGAGGGCCCUCCGCUUGGAGACGGACGAGAUCUGGGACGACUCGCUGAAGGAGGCGGCUCGGACGGGCACCCACGUGAAGGACGUGUUCCCGCGCCUCGCCAUCGCGCGGAAGUUGCAUUUGAUGGUGGCGGCGGAGGCGGGUUAUGAUUUAGAUGAGACUCAGGCGGCCGCGUUCACGGAGUAUUAUGGCUUCGGCUUUAUGCUGAAGAAGGGCCUCGCGUCGCGCGCUUCCAUUGUGCUCGCGCUGAACGUGGUGCUUGAAACCGCGAACAUCGAGAGCCACGUUUGGACCGCCUUCGCCCGGGACGAAUAUCGCUUAGCUAAUGAGAACCAGCAGUAUACGUUCAAGGUCGCGGCGAUCCGGGCGGCGCGGAAGCUGCGCUGGGAGCGCGAGGGCGACUCGUUAGGUGGUGGAGACGUAGUUACGUACGUCGCGGCGCGCGCGGUCGGCGUGACGGACGAGGACAUCGCGCUCGUCGCCGAGCAGGAGUGUGACGAGCGCGUGGCCGAGGUCGCCGAGACGCUCGCGUCGCUCAAAGGCGCGGCGAAGGCGAAGUACGUCAAGGAGGUCCGCGCGCUGCUCGACAAGGCGAAGGAGGAGAUGGCGAUGGACGCGGAGGAGAACGCGUCGUCGUCGGACUCGGACUCGGACUCGGACUCGGGCUCGGGCUCGGGCUCGGGCUCGAACUCGAGCUCGGACGCGGACUCGGACGCGCCGCCGCCGCCUCCCAAAAAGAAACGACGCGGGCCGCCUCCCAAAAAGAAGCGACCGCCGCGGGCGACGCCCUCGCCGUCGUCGUCGCCGAGGCCGUCGUCGUACUCAUCGCCGUUGAAGGAGCGGCACCAGGCUUUAUCGGAGCGUCUCCGAAGCCUUGGUGGACGACGCGGUAGUCGCUAG